CGUGGGGACUAUUUAACAAGUGGCAGGGUCUUCAGUACCUCAAUAGUUACGCGGACAUACGAAUCGUUUGCUCUCGCAGCUCUCGCACAAAAAACAUUUUCUUUUAUUUUUUUUUUCGUUUUACAUAACAAUUGAGCGAAACAAAAGCACUUUGAUCGAGACCACGUCAAAUUAUUGGACAUUCGCACAAAAUUAUCCGUAUCUCGAAUUAUAGUAAGCAGCAGGAUAAUGGAUCCAGAAAACAUUGGAAGAGAGGCAAUUCUCAAAGUGACCGAUUGGCUACGAGGGGUUUGGACAAUGAGACGAAAGACUGGUCCUGUUCAGCAAUGGGUCGAUUCCAUACCUUCACCCACCAAAUCGGCACCUGAAUCUCAAUCUAUGUUAGAAGACCAUCCAACACCGCCUCUUACUCCUGUUUCUUUAGGAGAGAAUAUUUUUAUCAAACCAACCAUGACUGUAUCAACUCCUAUAGCUGUUCCAAAUUCACCCCUCGUCACAAGAACUGGGGUUUCCAGUCCUGUGGCGCACAGCCGCUUAGCACGAGACCCGAGUUUUCAAUCUGACAGUAGUCACUGCAGCAGUGUGGAAAGUCUUUUGGAGCUGCGUCGAGCCGACCCCGAGGCAAUUCUUCUUGGUCUUGGCUUCGGGGGUUGUCCAAACCAUUCACAAGAGAACGGACCACUCUCGAGGAUUCCAAAAAGAUUUUUGCAGCCUUCCAAACUCCAGGGAAUCACGAUAAAUGAUUUUGUUAAGCAUGAACAGGAAACGAGUGAAUCCCUUGAUUCUGCCUCUCUUGGGUAUAGAGGACUUACAGGUUCGCCAUAUGUAGCCCCUUCGGAAAUAGUCCAAAAAAUCAUGGAGCGCUUGCGAGAGCACGAGAGUCAUGAGCAAGAUCCAUACACCAUGCAUAAUACAAAUACUGAACCCUACAGUCCGAUAUUUCAAGAUAUCAGCAGACUUUCAGUCCUCUCACCAGAUAAUCGUCAAUUCUUGGAACGACCACGAUCCAAAAGUCCGGAUAUGCGAAACAAACGGAUGAUAAUAGGGCAAAAAUCUUUUGCAUUUGGGUGUGACGGUGAUCUAAUCGAGAUAGAUUCGUUAGACCAUCAAGAUUCAGGAAAUUCAAGCACAAACGGUAACGCGGACAAUCAUGAAAUCGAGCUUGAGGACAACUUUGUCCUUGACGGAUCGACCUUAAGUAACAAUUUCAAAACAUCUCAGACACAUCCCGUUGACGGUAGAUCAAAGAGCACAAUGUCAAAAUUAAAAAUGGAGAAAAGACUCUCGAAACAAUCGUCCAUCGACGAUACCGCACAAGACUUAAGUUUUCCAAAUAAUAUAUCUCCGCCGGUGAAAUCACCAUCACAUUUUUGUGACAACACCUCGCAUCAUCAGUUCGAGGGCAGUAAUCUAGAUGCUUGGAACAACAAUGAGCACAUGUCAAACAAUCGAAGAUCGAGUUCCGACUCUGGUGAUGUGAAGAAAUUGCCAUGGGCGCGAUUGUCCAGAGAUACUGGGCGUCGUUACAGCGAUAGUUCGUUGAGGCAAGGUUCGGAUCUGUUCAAUAGGAGAAAAAGUUUAAGACGUCAAUCAAGAAUAAGCGACAACGAAGCGGUAAAAUUUGGCGGAACGGAUUCUCUCUCAGAGCUUGUUUUGCCAGAAAGACCAGAGACGGCCGAGUCGGAUAAAAAGCUUGAAGAGAAUGCAGAAAUCUCAGAAAAUUCGAGCUUCGAAGAGAAUGAACUUGAAGGCAGAAUCGAAAGAUCUGAUAGAUUAAGCCAGACGGAUGGAGAAGAAGACUCAAAUAUAUCAAAUGGUCAACCGGUUACUAAUGAAGAGAAAGUCGAAAUUACAUCGUCGAAAAAGCCAGGAAAGAAACGCCAUGGUUUGUCGUCGCUUCGCGGAAUUUAUAAUUCUGUCGUAAGCGUUAAAAUGGAGCCGGGUUUUUGAAAACUAUACACACACACACGCACACACAUGUGUUGUAUGUAUUCACGUAUAUAUUACCAGGAGGCCAAAAUGGUAAAUUUUAAGUACACCUCAAGGAUUAUACAUAUGAAUGUAGGCCUAUCGAUAUAUCAACUCCCAGUUUCAAGCCUAGAAUAAUUUUUGGACGAAAAUGCCCUUUUCUAUGAAGCUGAUAUUUGAUAUUGCAAUUCAUAUUCAAAUCGCGAAUGUUGUGGAUAUUUUGAAAUCUGAAAUAUGAGUUCUUUUAUUUCGGAAUUGUAUUCUGUGAGAAAAAAAAAGGCAGGGUACGAGUACGUCACCGAACAGUUGAACCCCGCAUUGUGCGCGCGCUUAUGUCGGCGAUUUGGAUAGUGAUUUUUUUCUUGAAAGAACAUCAGAAAAGAAAAUGAUUUUUUAACAAUUUUCAAAAGUUUAUAUUUCAGCUAAUAUAUCUGUUCGAACGGCAUUCUAUUCUGUGAACGCCCUAUUUUUAAGAAAAAAAAAAAAAAAAAAAAAAAUAGAUAUUAGAGAUAAACUCAAAUCCGGUUCAGCUGAAAUCUUUCAACUUUAUACAUAUAUACGAGAACAAUACGGGAUCCAACUGCCCGGUGAAGUACUGACACCCUGCCGAAGAAAAGGUGGACCACAUUUAGCUAUAAUUUAAAUAUUCAGCUGGUUUUUUUACGUAGACUUUAGGUAGGUAGAUUUGAGCAUGAGAAAUGGGAACCAUAUCGAAAAAUAUAUCAGCUUCUUUACAGGUCUAACUUCUAUUGCAUAUCUUGAAAAUAAGUUUUUGUAGAAACAUUUUUUCAAAAUUAUGAGAAAUUUUUUAGAAACACUUUUUAAAAUUAUCAAGGUAAAGAUCGUAUCUAUGGCUCGUCGACGAGCCUCUAAAUAAGUAGAGAAUUUAUCUGUAUUCUCGAUCGUAUCUAAAUCUUCCGCUGAAAAUUUUUUUUGUCAAUUUAUAUACUCUAUUUUCACGUUAUUUCUAGAGAGAAUAAUUAUAUUGUAAGUUAGUAAUGCCAUUGAUAGCACAAUUAAUAAGAAUACUUCAACAGAGAAAAAAAUGAUUCUGUAACAACGGUAGAAAAGGGAUUUUUUUUUAAUUUCCCAAUUUACAAAACUACGCAUAAUCUAGUAUAAAAAAAAAACAAAAAAAAAAUACAAAGUUUGCGUGCCUUGUGCUCAAGGCGAUUAUGCAAUUGUGACUUGAAAAAUAUCAGUAGAGGCACGUAAACGCGGUACGGUCGUAACAAACGACAAUGCAUUUCUUUUUAAAAAGACUUAAUUUUUAUUUUCGUUCCAAGAGAUGAUAUUCCGAUUGUUAUGCAGGUCAGUUUAUAGGGAGAACUAAGAGAAAAGCUAUGUGAGUUUCACUAUCAAUUUAAGAUGAUAUAUUUUUGUUUAAUUGAAAUGUGAUCUAGGGUAAGGUUUACCCCGCACGAACUGUACAAGGAUUAACCAACAUUGAACUUUCGAGUUUAUAUAGAGAAAACGUUAAUGAUAUUAUAAUGUUUUAUUCUAAAUCACAUUUCUGUGAGGAAGUUUCUUUUCGAUAGUCUGGUAAUUCGUUAUAACGAGUACUCGCGAAUCUCAGGGUGUGAAGAAUUGAGUUAUUCAUUUUGUUACUUACCGAAAAGGUUCCUGCCUUCUUUCAAUAUUCAUUCCACUGACAAUUGUCACUACACACAUAUGUAUACAUACAAAAUGUAAUGAAAUUUUAAGAGUAUUUACAUAAAUAUUACUUUACUCGGAAAUCUAUAUAAAAAAUAGAA